CUAAACUUCCUACCUGCAGACCCGUUUGAAGAAAGCAGGUCUGAAACAAGGUCUUAUCCACUUCUGCUUCUGAACAGUGACUGACAGAUCUUCAAACAUCAAGUUCAGCUUUGUCCGUCAACCUGUCUGACAUGUCGGGACCCGUGCCAAGCAGGGCCAGAGUUUACACAGACGUUAACACGCACAGACCCCGAGAAUACUGGGAUUAUGAGUCACAUGUGGUGGAGUGGGGAAAUCAAGAUGACUACCAGCUUGUGCGAAAAUUAGGCAGGGGCAAAUACAGUGAAGUGUUUGAAGCCAUCAAUAUCACAAAUAAUGAAAAAGUUGUUGUUAAAAUUCUCAAGCCAGUAAAAAAGAAGAAAAUCAAGCGUGAAAUAAAGAUUUUAGAGAAUUUGAGAGGUGGUCCCAACAUCAUCACACUUGCAGACAUUGUAAAAGACCCUGUGUCACGAACCCCUGCCUUGGUUUUUGAACAUGUAAACAACACAGACUUCAAGCAACUGUACCAGACGUUAACAGAUUAUGACAUUCGAUUUUACAUGUAUGAAAUCCUGAAAGCCCUGGAUUAUUGUCACAGCAUGGGGAUUAUGCACAGAGAUGUGAAACCCCAUAAUGUCAUGAUUGAUCAUGAGCACAGAAAGCUACGGCUAAUAGACUGGGGUUUAGCUGAGUUUUACCAUCCUGGCCAAGAAUAUAAUGUCCGAGUUGCUUCUCGAUACUUCAAAGGUCCAGAACUACUUGUAGAUUAUCAGAUGUAUGAUUAUAGUUUGGAUAUGUGGAGCUUGGGUUGUAUGCUGGCAAGUAUGAUCUUCCGGAAGGAGCCAUUUUUCCAUGGACAUGACAAUUAUGAUCAGUUGGUGAGGAUAGCCAAGGUUCUGGGAACAGAAGAUUUAUAUGACUAUAUUGACAAAUACAACAUUGAGUUAGAUCCACGUUUCAACGAUAUCUUGGGCAGACACUCUCGUAAGCGAUGGGAACGCUUUGUCCACAGCGAAAACCAACACCUUGUCAGUCCUGAGGCCUUGGAUUUUCUGGACAAGCUGCUGCGAUAUGACCACCAGUCCCGGCUCACUGCAAGAGAGGCCAUGGAGCACCCUUAUUUCUACACUGUUGUGAAGGACCAGGCUCGAAUGACUUCGUCUAAUAUGGCAGGGGCCAGUACACCUGUCAGCAGCGCCAAUAUGAUGUCAGGGAUUUCUUCAGUGCCAACCCCUUCACCCCUUGGACCUCUGGCAGGCUCACCAGUGAUUGCUGCUGCCAACCCCUUGGGAUACCUGUUCCAGCUGCCGCUGGCGCUCAGCAGUAAUGACCCCCAUCUAUAUCCUGAUGCCCGAGCAGAGGUGGGGAAGUCCACCUUCUCCUUGACGCAGCUUGCGCCUGGUUGGGAGGGGUGAGAACACUGCAGAAGCACCGUGUCUGAACCGUUGCUUGUGGAUUUAGUAGUUGAGUCAUAAAAAAAAAAAAAUUAUAAUAGGCUGAUUUUCUUCUUUUUUUUCCUUUUUUUUUAAUCUCUUUUUUUUAUUUUUUUUUUUUUAUUUUAACUUGGACUUUUCAUAACUCAGGGGAUUCCCUGAAAAAAUUACCUGCAGGUGGAAUAUUUCAUGGACAAAAUUUUUUUUCUCCCCUUCCUUCCAAAUUCAAUUCAUUACCACUAAAGAACAAAGAUAAACUGGCCUCAGUCCCAGCUGCUGCGUUUGGGUGGAGAUUUCUUCCCCUUCCCACAUUACUCUCCCACAUCAUACACUCUUGGGAGUUGUAUCUCAUGCUGUUCUCCAGAGAUCAUAAAAUAUAGCUUAUUAAGGGAGGUGGGAAGGGAAAAGGCAGAGAGGACCCAGUCCAUCCUAAAACACUGUUCUACUGGUCAUUUCAUCACUUCUCUCCAGGACUGCGUCUGUGGUUUUCUGGCUCUGGUGGAGGUGGAUCUGUCUCAGUUACAUCAGAAUGUUAAAAGUCUACCCAGCUUGCAGACAGAUCCAAAAGUUUUUUUUCUUUUUCUUUUUUUUUUUUUUUUUUUUUUUUUUUUCUGAAUGAAUCAUGUCUUAUUCCUAACCCUCAGUCAUUUUAAUUUUAGGUUAGUUUAAAUUUGUGGUACUUUCCCUUCCAUGCUCCUACUUUGGUCUUUCCCUUUUCAUCUCCUGACAUGCUGUACUUCAUAGCUAAUAGGAGAGGGAAGGCAAAAUCUUUUUGUUUUCUUUGACUUGGCCAUUUUGAAGUCAGUUAGUUACUGGGCAUAAUUUAUUGCUUUUUAAAAAAGAAAUAUUAUCCAUAUAAAUUUCAUGCUAGCAUUCUUAAGAGCUAACGGGUGAUGUGGCCAUACUGGGUUCAUUUUAAGCUUUGUACCUUUUCCUCCUCCUUUCUUCUCCUUUUUUCACAUGCCAUCUUGUGAGGAAACCUGCUCUCAGAGUUGUAAGUGUAUCUGAGAGGCAGCCACAGAGCCACCAUCUCCAGUGAACCAGAAAUGGUGACCUGUAAUUGUGGGAAACUAUCAGUUCUCCUGUUAUGGCCCUGCCAUCCCUUGCUGUGUGUAUAUAUAUAAUACUUUGUCCUUCAUAUGUGAAAGAUCCAGUGUUGGAAUUCUUUGGUGUAAAUAAACGUUUGGUUUUAUUUAUCAAGGUUAGAUUUAAGUUCCCUGUGUAAAGGUCUCGCUGGGUGGGUGUCUCACAUUCAAACCUGAAGCGACUACAGCCCAUACCAUGGAAGCUUCCCAAGGCCCUCAUUUUUAUACACCCCUUCAUUCGACCCAUGGUACUGGGCAGGGCAGAGAGGCCUUAAAAAAAAGCACCACAAGCCAAAGCGUCUCUGGGGAUUAAGGAUCCUUUGCCAUAAAACUCAUUCUGUGUCUCAGCAUUGCAGGGAUUGGGGAUAGGAAAAGUUGCCAGUUUUGUGUGUUUGUGUGUGUAUAAAGUGGACUUUCCACUGUAAUCCAACCACCUAAGUUUAUCAGGUGCUUCACUGAGGAAGCCUAGUUUUUUAAGCACAAUAGCAAAACAUCAGCUCUGUAUUUUCUCCUGUUAUUUCAUUACAGUAGCUGCCUGUGGGGACUAGGAAAAAAAUCUUCCAACAUAUUUUAAGGCCUAAACUCUUAGUUCCCCAUUCUCCUACCUUUAUAGAUUCAUAAGCCUUUCUCACCUGACAUCAUAGAUAAAACAUAAUUGUUUGGGGAGUUGAAUUUAAUUAACUUACCUAACUUUGUAGCCCAUCUUGGCUUUAGUAACUUUAUCAAGGUGGUGGCUUUAGCGAAAGUAAUGAUGUAGAGGAUGCUAAUGCCUUUCUUAAUGUUUCUCAACCAUAGGGAGAGCUAAAAAGAAAACUUUCUGACUGCAGAGUGAUUUUCUUCUUUUUGGCCACUUGCAGUGACUAUUUAUUGUACUUGAUUCCUGUAUGCCCUAGCGUGCUGUGAGGGUUACCAUGUUGGAUUUGAGCAGAGCUGAAAGCGCCAGGUGUACCAGAGAUGCGGUUUGUGAUUAUGUUUGCACUGGAUCGUGAUUUGAAAAAGACACUUAGACUGAUGAUUUCUUUCUUUUGAGGUGGAGAGGAAGGUUGUAGAUCAGGACUCCACACUCUUCUUACAGCUCAGAAAUUGAGGUGUGUCUGAGGCUGGUGUGGACAGCUGCAGAUAGCUGAGCCUCCUCACACUCAUCAGAUCUUUGCAAGAGCCGAGGGUGAAUGCAGAGGACUCAUAAGUGCCACCUAAGAGCCUUUUAAAACAAAUAGAAGUUUUGAAGAAACAAGGAGUCACUGCAGAAAUGUGGAGAGUUUUAAAAGACCUGAAUGGGUAGGGAUAGGGAGGGUCAGGGUUUACAGAGUAACAACUUCUGUGUUGUAAAUUACCUCAUCUGUACACCUUGUAUUGGGACACUAUUUCUCAGCACUUCCUGUGUCUGCAUUGCUUAGAUGACAGGAAAUGGAUGCCAAUAUAAAACAGCUGUGUUGGCAGUUACUCUGAAAGUAUUUUUUAACUUUGUUUUGAAGUGUGCCCUUCCCCCUUUAAGUUUAAAGUCAGAAUUCCCCUUCUUGAUUUAUGUUGUAAUUGUAUUGUAAUUGGUAUGACUAAGACAUAACUGUGCUGGGAAGAAGUUGUGCCAUGAAGGUCUUUAAUUUUUUUUUAAAUAAAAACAUUUAAAUAAAUGAAA